AACAAAUGAGAUUAGAUUGUGGCAAUAGAGUUCCCCUCCUCCUCCUACUGUCUCUCUGUCGGUCUUUCACCAUGCCGCUACCAGCAGCAGCAGCAGCAGCGUUACACUCUUCUUUGUGUUUUUCUUCUCCGAAGCAGACACCCCAACCCUCAAUUUCUCAGCAACCAAACAUCCAGUUAUCGGUAAAGUCCAAAAGCCUCCUUCACAAGCACCCACUGUACACACCAGCCCACACAAAUAUCUCCUUUGAAAUCAAAGAAAAGAUUCUGUGUCUUGAAAUCAUGGGAGUUGACUCUGGCAAAGCAUUAUCCCAAAACCCUUCUCUCCACACCGCCUCUCUAGACUCCAUUCAGUCCAUAAUCUUCUUUCUCCAAUCCAAAGGAAUCCACCAAAAGGACUUGCCUAGGAUAUUUGGCAUGUGUCCAAAAGUUCUCACUUCUAACAUCAGAACUGACCUUAAACCUGUUUUCAACUUCCUAUCCCAAGACUUAAAAGUCCCAGACAAUAACUUCAGGAAGGCCAUCAACAAGUGCCCAAGAUUACUAGUUUCUAGCGUGAGAGACCAGCUCAAACCAUGCUUGUUUUAUCUUCAACGGCUUGGGUUUGAGGAUUUGGAAGCCUUGGCUUAUCAAGACCCUGUGCUGUUGGUUUCUAAUGUUGAAAACACCUUAAUUCCUAAAUUGAAGUACUUGGAGAGCAUAGGUUUUUCAAGAGAUGAAGCUGUGGCUAUGGUUUUAAGGUGUCCAGCAUUGUUUACUUUUAGUGUCGAGAAUAACUUCAAGCCAAAGUUUGAUUACUUUGCCGAGGAGAUGAACGGGAAGUUGACAGAGUUGAAGAGGUUUCCUCAAUAUUUUGCUUUCAGUUUGGAUAAGCGAAUUAAGCCAAGGCACGUCGAGGUUGUGCAAAGUGGGGUCAAAAUUCCUCUGCGACUGAUGCUCAAGAGCACCGAUGAAGAGUUUGGGGAGAUGAUAAGGCCAGGGGCUGGAUAAGAGAGUGCCAUAGUACAUUGAGAAUAUGCCUAUUAACCUGUUUAUUUAUCGUGUUGUAUAAAGAUGUAUAUAUCCUCCAUUAAUAAUUCUGUAAUUUUCCCUUCUUCUAAUGAAUAGGCAAUUUGAAUUCUUUUUUGA